UGGGGCCCACUGCUCGAGUGUCGGGGUAUGGUCUCGGGUGGUCUGCCUAUAAAUACCAGCCAUUUCCUCAUCGUUCCUCCCUUUUCCCCGAUUCUCUACUUCCCCCCUCUAGUUUUCUGAAAUUGCGGAUAGGUCCUUCUUUUUUGUGUGUUGGGACUUGGGAGAGUGAGAAAAAUGCUGUCAGUGCAGGAGGCGCUUGACUUUGACCUGGACGCGAUGACGUCCGGGUUCGGGUUCACGCCGUGGGCGGCUGACACGUGCCCUACCUUGGAGCAGCUGAUGGCGUCGUCCGCGUCGCCCUCGCCGUCGUCGUCGCUUGAUGACAACGCGGCGGCGGCGGAGGAGGAGAACGGUGAGGUGGAGGAGGAGGAGGAGCGGAGGCGGCAGCGGCGGAAGGUGUCGAACCGGCUGUCGGCGCGGCGGUCGCGGGCGCGGAAGCAGCAGCGGCUGGAGGAGCUGCGUGGGGAGAGCGCCCGCCUCCGCGCCGAGAACCGGGAGCUGGCGGCCAGGCUGCACGCCGUGGCGCGCCACGGCCUCGCCGCGCGGUGCCAGAACGCGCGCCUCCGCGCCGAGGCCGCCGCGCUCGCCCGCCGCCUCCUCGCGCUCCAGCGGCUCGCCCGCGGCCGCCACAUGAUGAUCACGGCGUCGCCGCCGCAGUUCUCGCGUCGCUGAUGGCGUAGAAGGCGCACACAGGUGAAGUUUUGGAACGGACGAUGGGUAACUUUGUCGUGAGAUGGAAUGGACGACGCUGUGCAUGGCGCACUACUUAGCUAGUGAAAGGGGUCUCUCGUGUCGACGUAGUAUACAGUGCACGUACGUGUACAUUGCAUGGACGUAUGACUGAUAUAAGUACAUGGAACUUGAUGUAAAUUAUUACGAUCACUACUACCAUUCUACCAAAGUUAAAAUUAAAUAUAUUACCAGUUUUUGUUGCAUCGACGA